AGGAACUAUUACAUCGGUUUUUUCCCUGAAAGGUUUUUGAAAUGACUAGCCAAAGUAUUGAUAGGAGUAGCCCUAUAGGGACUCUCUCGUUGCUGCGUUCCGCUUUGCUGUUGGGUCUUCUUCACAUUGGAGCACCAGAGGCGAGGAGGCUACGGGGCAGCCGCGCGCAACACCGGAGAGACUCGGUCAUGCCGUCCCCACCGUUAACGUACAGGGACCGUGUAGUAGAGGGGACCGGAGCCGGUGAGAGCUUCCCGUUAGACUUCACGGCCGUCGAGGGGAACAUGGACAACUUUAUGACCCAAAUUAAAAACCUGGCGCAGUCACUGUACCCGUGUUCGGCGCAGAAGCUGGACCAGGACAUGAGGCUGCACUUCUUGGACAAUUCCUCUGUGACGUGUAACGAUGGAUCACCAGCUGGGUAAGUGGAAAAGUUUAAAGUCUGAAUUGGCCUGAAUUAAAGUCGCCUAAACUUCACUUUUCAACAUACCACAAGUAGCCUAAACUCACAUGAAAAUCACAUACUUUUGUUGUGCGUAUUGGCUUUGACACAUCUUUCCAGUUGUCUAUCAGACGCAAUGGUUGAGUGAAAGCCAGUCCAUCUAUCACCACCACAACAACUUUUCCUGCCCUUCAUGUCACUCCGGAUGUGACCGAAAUGGAUAAAAAUGAAAAAGAUCAGAGGACGGGCGCUCUCUGAGAUCUAUGUCGGAGCUCAAGAGAGCGAGAGCCCGGACCGCGAGAUCAGAUGCAUGCCUCUCAUCAAUGGAACGUUUGACAAAAGGAAUUUUGUGGAGGGAGAGCAAGCGAGGCCACAGUGAAAAGAAUGCCUUUCAUGUACAGCGGGCGACAGGCAAACAAUGUAUAGCUUUUGUGGUGGUUGGUUGUAUAUUUAGUGGCGUUUAUUUGCGUCACAGGUCUAGGAUCAGCUUACCCUCUCCAAACCCAUAUAACCUCAACCGUUUGAAGGGAAAACGCAAGACUGACUUCGGAUCAGAGUCUAUAUAGGGACACAUCUCAUCCUCUUGUAGGCUACAAUCCUUGUUGCCUUUGGCUUUUUAUAUCCCCAUUGCUUUUCUAGGACGUGAAAUUGAGGAGGGGACGCUGUGUUAUAACGGAAUGAAGCGACGCUAAUGGAUGAUUGUGAUGAAAGGUGUGAAAGUGAAAACUUUCCACAAAGCCAAAGCCCUGUUGUACUCUCAGAUCCACUUCCAGCCGCGACAGGUGCCCUGCAUGAAAGCGCCAUGACAUUUCUAGGGUGAUAGUGACCAAUAGAACAAACAUGGGCCGAUUUCUUCACGGGAAGAAAAUAGGGGUUAUCCUCAGUGUGAAAUACCAAUGUUUUGGUCAGAUAACUGUGAUAAUUGGAUUCGGGAAGUAGUGCUUUGAAAUCCUUAUGUUGUUUCACACCAGGUGUUGAGAGAAAGACUGCAUUUUGCCCGUUUUCUUUUUGUCUUCUCCAGUGUGAGAACAAGCUCACAAGUCAACUGAAGGUUGAAUAAUAUAAUAGGCCCUAUUAACACAGUUUGUUAUUCAUCUUUAAGAUCACUAUUCCAUUAUGAAGCGACGAGAGAUAGAACCAGAAAGAGAGUGUCACGAUCGUUGGUUAGAGAUGAGGACCAAGGCGCAGCGUUGCAGGCAAACAUACUCUUUAUUAGAGACACGAUCAAAAACAACAAAACGAAAACGUGACAGUUCACGGUCUAACACAACAGACUAGAAACAAGAUCCCACAAACUCUGUGGGGAAACAGGCUGCUAAAGUAUGGUUCUCAAUCAGAGACAACAAGCAACAGCUGAAUCACGUUGCCUCUGAUUGAGAACCACACUGGCCAACAUAGAACAACAAUACUAGAAUGUGAAACCUAGAACAAAACACAUAGACUUUACACACCCUGGCUCAACAUAUUAGAGUCCCCAGAGCCAGGGCGUGACAGUACCCCCCCCUAAAGGCGCGGACUCCGACCGCACCCACCAAAUACCACAGGGGAGGGACCGGGUGGGCACUCCGCUUAGGCGGCGGAUCCGGCUCCGGGCCUGAACCCCGCUCCCUCUCCAACCCCCCAAAGUACCCCUGGUCCGGUCUGGCCCCGCUGGCCGGAGCUGGACUGCACACUGGUGGAGCGGAUUGCUCUAGCUCCGGCGUGAAGCAUCUGACCGGUGCCGGACCAGCCACCGGUGGAACAGGCACGGGCCGUGCCGGACUGACGACGCACACCACUGGCUUGGUGUGGGGAGCAGGAGCAGGCCGAGCCGGCCUGACGAAACGCACCACUGACUUGGUGCGGGGAGCAGGAAUGGGCCGAGCCGGGCUGACGAAACGCACCACUGACUUGGUGCGGGGAGCAGGAGCGGGCCGGACCGGGCUGACGAAACGCACCACUGACUUGGUGCGGGGAGCAGGAACGGGCCGAGCCGGGCUGACGAAACGCACCACUGACUUGGUGCGGGGAGCAGGAGCGGGCCGGACCGGGCUGACGAAGCGCACCACUGACUUGGUGCGGGGAGUAGGAGUGGGCCGGACCGGGCUGACGAAGCGCACCACAGGCUUGGUGCGGGGAGCAGGAACAGGCCGGGCCGAGCUGGCGACGCGCACCGUAGACUUGGUGCGAGUGGCAGGAACGGGCCGGACCGUACUGGGAACACACACCACUGGCCCUACGUGGGGAUCAGGAACAGGCCGGACCGGACUGGCAACACACCCAAGUACCUCUCGCCGUGCCUCUACACCUUCCAUCCCCUCUUCGACCAGUGGCCCCCGUAAACUGGAGGCCUCCUCUGCCAACCCGCUGGGCCGCUCUAUCGCGGCCUCCUGCUGCCCCGACGUCGUGAGCCCCCCCCUAAACAUUUUCUGGGAGUCUCUCCUCCCCGUGGGCCAGGCCUCUAUGGUUCUCGCCCAACUCUCGCUCUUCUGCUUCCAAUUCCCGCCAUUCAGCUCCUCAUUCGGCUUGACCCAGUCGAAGCUCUUCCUCCACUGUUCCCAAGUCCACCCUCUCUGCUCCUCACUAGGCUGCUUGGUCCAGUUCGGGUGGGAUCUUCUGUCACGAUCGUCUAACAGAGAUGAGGACCAAGGCGCAGCGUUGCAGGCAAACAUACUCUUUAUUAGAGACACGAUCAAAAACAACAAAUCGAUAACGUGACAGUUCACAGUCUAACACAACAGACUAGAAACAAGAUCCCACAAACUCUGUGGGGAAACAGGCUGCUAAAGUAUGGUUCUCAAUCAGAGACAACAAGCAACAGAUGAAUCACGUUUCCUCUGAUUGAGAACCACACUGGCCAACAUAGAACAACAAUACUAGAAUGUGAAACCUAUAACAAAACACAUAGACUUUACACACCCUGGCUCAACAUAUUAGAGUCCCCAGAGCCAGGGCGUGACAGAGAGCGAGAUUCAGAUGAGUGUUUCAUCACAACGGAACCUCUCGUGAUCCCCCUCUAUCCCAAAUAAAGACCACAGACCCACAUCACUUCACAGAGGAGAGGGGAGAGAACGAGAGAGAGAGAGGGAGAGAACGAGAGAGAGAGAGAAUCAGCACACCAGCAAUUUUGAGUGUCUCCGCUCUCCAUUGAUGUGACUGUGCAUGUGUGUCAGCAGCAUCCAAAACCACAAGAGACCUCUCAAUAUACCCUCACUUGCGGCGCGCGAGGCCAUGCAGCGCCAGGCAGGCACGCUCUGGGCACUCAUGCAUGCCUACUCUCCCUGACAACCAGCGGAGAAAAUUACAACUGUCGCAUAUCCCUCCAACCACAAAUUGCUAAUUGCUCACGACGGAUUCAACCCUCUCUCAACCACACAGUCUGCCUCGAGAGUUACUGCAGAGAUGCAUGGAGCACGUUGAGGGCGAUGAAACAACCGAGAUCCAUUCAUUUUCAAUGAAGGAAGUGAAGUGGGCGGGGGGGAAAUUGGGUAAUGCGAGCAUGGGCGAGGGACGUGAACAGGGCAGGACCUAAAUUGGAAUAAACGUAACUUUAUCCAAAUACUCUGCAACAUCGCGUCUUGAUUGACCAAUCGAACCUCACUAUAACUUCCAGCCCCGACUGGACUAGGUGUUGAUACCUAGCAGUGCCUAGCAUGCUCGCUAGCACCCACAUGAGGGCGAAGCUAGCGUGGCUCUCUGUGUAGUGGAUCACUGCUGCUAAGGCUACACUUCUCCUCCAGCUGCCAUAGCGUGUGUAAAAACCCAUACAGUGAGAGGAGGGAGACUUCCAGCCUCCAAACCGAAUUUAUCAACAGCCACGGGGAGUUAUUAAGAACAUGUUGUCUGAAGAUGGGAGGAAUUUGCUCUCCCUGUGUUUCUUAAUGACUAAUUCAUCUUUUGACUUUGAACCCAACCUGUCGCCCCUCUCUACUCUUUCCCGCUUCAUUUUUAAAUGUCCAAUCUGGCAACCCAAAGUUAACAGUCAGAUUUUUAUAUAAAAUACUUAAUUUUCUCUCUCUCUCUCUCUCUCUCUCUCUCUCUCUCUCUCUCUCUCUCUCUCUCUCUCUCUCUCUCUCUCUCUCUCUCUCUCUCUCUCAAUUCAAUUUCAAUUUCAAUUUCAAUUUAAGGGGCUUUAUUGGCAUGGGAAACAUAUGUUUACAUUGCCAAAGCAAGUGAAAUAGAUAAUAAACAAAGGUGAAAUUAACAAUAAAACAUUUACAGUAAACAUUACACUCACAAAAGUUCCAAAAGAAUAAAGACAUUUCAAGUGUCAUAAUGAUGUGUUGUCAUAGUGUUGUAAUGUUGUGCAAAUAGUUAAAGUACAAAAGGGAAAAUAAAUAAACAUAAAUAUAGGUUGUAUUUACAAUGGUGUUUGUUCUUCACUGGUUGCCCUUUUCUUGUGGCAACAGGUCACAAAUUGUACUGCUGUGAUUGCACACUGUGGUAUUCCACCCAAUAGAUAUGGGAGUUUAUCAAAAUUGGAUUUAUUUUUCGAAUUCUUUGUGGGUCUGUGUAAUCUGAGGGAAAUAUGAGUCUCUAAUAUGGUCAUACAUUUGGUUAAGGGCUGUUGGUUAAGGGCUGUAAGUAAGCAUUUCACUGUAAUGUCUGCACCUGUUGUAUUCGGCGCAUGUGACCAAUAAAAUUUGAUUUGAUUUGAUUUGAUUUGACAUUUGGCAGGAGGUUAGGAAGUGCAGCUCAGUUUCCACCUCAUUUUGUGGGCAGUGUGCACAUAGCCUGUCUUCUCUUGAGAGCCAGGUCUGCCUUCGGUGGCCUUUCUCAAUUGCAAGGCUAUGCUCACUGAGUCUGUACAUAGUCAAAGCUUUCCUUAAUUUUGGGUCAGCCACAGUGGUCAGGUAUUCUGCCACUAUGCACUCUCUGUUUAGGGCCAAAUAGCAUUCUAGUUUGCUCAGUUUUUUUGUAAAUUCUUUCCAAUGUGUCAAGUAAUUAUAAUUUUGUUUUCUCAUGAUUUGGUUGGGUCUAAUUGUGUUGCUGUCCUGGGGCUCUGUGGGGUCUGUUUGUGUUUGUGAACAGAGCCCCAGGACCAGCUUGCUUAGGGGUCUUUUCUCCAGGUUAAUUUCUCUGUAGGUGAUGGCUUUGUUAUGGAAGGUUUGGGAAUCGAUUCCUUUUAGAUUGUUGUAUAAUUUAACGUCUCUUUUCUGGAUUUUGAUAAUUAGCGGGUAUCGGCCUAAUUCUGCUCUGCAUGCAUUAUUUGGUGUUUUCCGUUGUACACUGAGGAUAAUUUUGCUGAAUUCUGCAUGCAGAGUCUCAAUUUGGUGUUUGUCCCAUUUUGUGAAUUCUUGGUUGGUGAGCAGACCCCAGACCUCACAACCAUAAAGGGCAAUGGGUUCUAUAACUGAUUCAAGUAUUUUUUAGCCAGAUCCUAAUUGGUAUGUAGAAUUUUAUGUUCCUUUUGAUGGCAUAGAAGGCCCUUCUUGCCUUGUGUCUCAGAUCGUUCACAGCUUUGGGGAAGUUACCCGUGGCGCUGAUGUUUAGGCCCAGGUAUGUAUAGUUUUUUGUGUGCUCUAGGGCAACGGUGUCUAGAUGGAAUUUGUAUUUGUGGUCCUGGCAACUGGACCUUUUUUGGAACACCAUUAUUUUUGUCUUACUGAGAUUUACUGUCAGGGCCCAGGUCUGACAGAACCUGUGCAGAAGAUCUAGGGGUUUAUCUCUCUCUCUCUCUCUCUCUCUCUCUCUCUCUCUCUCUCUCUCUCUCUCUCUCUCUCUCUCUCUCUCUCUCUCUCUCUCUCUCUCUCUCUCUCUCUCUCUCUCUCUCCUCUCUCUCUCUAGUCUGUUUCUGUCGUCUGUCUGUCUGUCUGUCUGUCUGUCUUGUCUGUCUGUCUGUAUGUCUGUAUGUGUCUGUCUCUCUUCUUUCUCUAUCUCUUUCUCUGUCUGUUCUCUGUCUCGUCUCUCUGUCUGUUUCUUCUCUCUCUUUCUCUGUCUGUUUCUCUCUCCUCUCUCUCUUCUCUCUCUCCUCCUGCUCUCGUCUCUGUCUCUGUCUCUGUCUCUGUCUCUGUCUCUGUCUCUGUCUCUCUCUCUCUCUCUCUCUGUCUCUGUCUCUCUGUCUCUCUGUCUCUGUCUCUCUCUCUCUGUCUCUCUCACCCAUUCUCAUUUCCAGCAGCUGUCCAGUAGAGACACAGUUAAUCCUCUUUAACCUAAAACACCUGGCAUACCUCUCACUAAUGGAGAUGGAUAGCUGCAGAACAGGGGCAGGAGUAUGUGUGUGUGAACCGUUCACGCCAUCACCCUGCCUGUUCAUAACAGCACAUCCUCAUGCAUACAACCCAACGAAGUGUCCCUUGUUUAUGUGUGUGUGUCUGGCUGCCAUGCCGGACCCCUAGUCAUCAGUCUGAUUGAAUGUAGUGUAACUACCCUGUGGUGAGGCCUUUCUACAUGCAUUACACUAAUCCAAUCAUUAAUAAUGGCCCUGGGUUCCUUUGAUAUAGGCGUCCAAACAGGCCCCUGUUGAAAGAGUGUUUUAGUGUCUAAAUGGGCCCUGUCUGUCUGUGUGUGUUUUAGCUGUGAAACCAGAGCCAAGUGUUUCAAGUCUAGUUCAAAGCAAAAGCCAGAAGGACCGUUCUGGAGUGGUCUAUAACACAAACCCAACCAACUGUGUUCUGGAGUGGUCUAUAACACAAACCUAACCAACUGUGUUCUGGAGUGGUCUAUAACACAAACCCAAAACCAAUCUGUGUUCCGGGAGUGGGUCUAUAAACACAACCAACCAACUGUGUUCUGGAGUGGUCUAUAAACAAAACCCAACCACUGUGUUCUGGAGUGGUCUAUAACACAAAACCCAACCAACUGUGUUCUGGAGUGGUCUAUAACACAAACCCAACCAACUGUGUUCUGGAGUGGUCUAUAACACAAACCCAACCAACUGUGUUCUGGAGUGGUCUAUAACACAAACCCAACCAACUGUGUUCUGGAGUGGUCUAUAACACAAACCCAACCAACUGUGUUCUGGAGUGGUCUAUAACACAAACCCAACCAACUGUGUUCUGGAGUGGUCUAUAACACAAACCCAACCAACUGUGUUCUGGAGUGGUCUAUAACACAAACCCAACCAACUGUGUUCUGGAAGUGGUCUAUAACACAAACCCAACCAACUGUGUUCUGGAGUGGUCUAUAACACAAACCCAACCAACUGUGUUCUGGAGUGGUCUAUAACACAAACCCAACCAACUGUGUUCUGGAGUGGUCUAUAACACAAACCCAACCAACUGUGUUCUAGAGUGGUCUAUAACACAAACCCAACCAACUGUGUGUGUGAAUGAAUGUAGAUGCUCAGAAAUACAUACAUUGUGUGUGUGUGUGUGUGUGUGUGUGUGUGUCGGUGUCUGCCAACGCUGCUUUUUUCCAGUCUAAUAAACAUUUCUUCCCCAGUUGACACUGAACUAUGUGAUUCUGUCAGAUGUCCCACUGAAGAAGGAGCAGGAGAGAAACACACACACACACACACACACACACACACACACACACACUUUUAAAACCGUUUGUUUUUGUAUUGUCCUGUAUAGGUACUACAUGAAGGAAUCUAAAGGCAGCAAGAGAUGGCUGAUAUUCUUGGAGGGUGAGUUGAGAGGUUUAAGACUUCCAAAUGCUCGGCUAUUUGUCUGUUGUAUUUUUCAAUCCAAGGCAUGUUACAGGGCAGAGCACUGUACAGCCGACAAUGUGCCUUUUAAAGGUAAAGCACGUUUGAGCUGACAAUCAGUGUUUAUCAUGACACUAACGGAAGGGAAAUUACCUUUAAAAGGUCCAGUGUCCUGCUCUAUAACCAGCCUUGGAUCGAAUCCUGGCCCCAGUGCUAUGUUGUUGUUGUUGUUGUUGUUGUUGUUGUUGGAUGGUACUGUAUGUCAUGUGUAAUGUUGUUGUUGGUCUGUGUAGGUGGAUGGUACUGUAUGUCAUGUGUAAUGUUGUUGUUGGUCUGUGUAGGUGGAUGGUACUGUUUCAACAGACAGACUUGUGACACCAGGUACCAGACAAUGAGGAGAUUCAUGAGCUCCCUCAAGUGGCCACGCACCAGAACAGGUCAGCACACUGUUAUAAACACUUAUUACAAGCACAUUACAUCUUUAUUAAUGGCAAUAGCUAGUAAUACUGUCGCUAUAACCUGUGCUAUUGGUGUUCAGAGUCAGACGUCACCAGAACACUGUUACAACAUGCUUAUUACACGUUUAUGAACUAAAUUAAAAACGUUGUUUUUAGUAAUUUAGCAGACACUCUAAUCCAGAGAAACUUACAGUAGUGAGUGCAUACAUUUUCAUACUUUUUUUCAUACUAGUCCCCGGUGGGAAUCGAACCCACAACCGUGGCGUUGCAAGUGCCAUGCUCUACCAACUCAGCCACACGGGACUAUAGCUUAUGAACUAGUAAUAAAGCUGCAAUAUGUAACUUUACAAGUUCAUUACAUGUUUAUUAAUGGCAAUAGCUAGUAAUACUGUUGCUAUAACCUGUACUAUGGGUGUUCAGAGUCAGUCUUCACCAGAACACUGUUACAACAGGCUUAUUACACGUGGUAUGAACUAGUAAUAACUAGUGUUAAGUGUUAUAACCAGUCAAAAGUAGGCUUAUGAUCUGUCUGCUCAGGGACAUGCUGCAAAAACAAAUUCACUCUUUAAAAAUGUCUUCAUUGGCCCAGUACAGGCUGUAGAGGGAAAAGCCCCAGAUCUCAGGUCAUAUAAAUGUUAGUGUUUCCUAUUAAUCAGUAGAACUCAGUCAGUCUGUCUGAUUUAGUUACCUAAAUUAAUCUCACACUCACAAGUACCUCUUUCUUCUCUCUCCCUCUCCCCCCCCUUCUCAUAUUUCCACCCCACCCGUAGCUGAGAGACUAGAGCUCACUCUCUCUCUCUCUCUUCAUCUCUUUUCUCUCUCAUCAUCUCAUCUCACUCCCCCCCCCACCCCCCUCUCCCCCCCCCCCCUCUCUCUCGCUGUAUCUCCCUCUCUGUCAUUCUCUGUCUCUAGGUACAGGUAUUCUGUCUCCUCAGCCAGAGGAGAACCCCUAUUGGUGGAAUGCCAACACGGUGUAAGAACUCCAUCCCUCCUUUCUUCUUCUUUGUCUGAUUCCUUCUUCUCCCUCUUCUAUCGCUCUUCUCGCCCUUCUUGCAUAUUGAUGAGUGUGUGUGUGCGCCCAUAUGUGUGUUUAUUUGUUUACAGUGUUUGUGUGUGAAACGGUUGGUGUUUUUUCUUGUCAAGAGUAUGAGUCAGUAAAGGUGUGCUGCAGCUCUUUACUAAACAACCUCUUCCUCCCUCUCUGGAAAACUCUGACUGAGUCUCUGUGUGUUAUGGUUUCCUAACUCUCUCUUCUGCUCUAUCUCUCUCUCUCUUCUCUUUCUCUCUCGUAUCUCUCUUCUCUCUAUCUCUCUCUCUCUCUCUCUCUCUCUCUCUCUCUCUCUCUCUCUCUCUCUCUCUCUCUCUCUUCUCUCUCUCUCUCCCCCUAUCUCUCUCUCUCUCUUUCUAGGUUCAUCCCAUACUGCUCUAGUGAUGCCUGGAGUGGAGCCUUAGCAAAGACUGACCAAAGUAGGGAACAUCAGUUCAAGUAUAUAGUGCAAUCUAUAUGGUAUAGGAUGCCACUUUGGAAUAACACUGCAUUUUAUUUCAAAUAAUUCAAGACAUUUAAGUGAUAAUGCCAGAGAAGCCAGUGUUUGUGUUCCGGUAAACCGUGCCAAUAUAUCCUCCAAACACCGGCUUCGAGGGCAUUAUACAUUUUAUACAACGGGUUACCAACAUAUUCAAAUAAUGAUUUACAUAUUUUCAUUAAAAAAACAUUAUUUUUAUUAAUUUAUUCAUACUAUUUGAUCCUUCUACAAGAUAUAGUCCCGACACAAAUCUAGGGUUGCUACCCAAGCUGGCUGGUCAUUUGUUCUAUCGGUUCGGUUGGCAGAGACGCCACCCAGUCGUUCAUUCUAAAUGUUCCAUUGCCAUACUGGCUGGCAACGUUCUUAUCCCUUGCUUGCUAGCUAGCUAACUACGGCUAACUUACAGUCACGUCAAACAGUGCAACCAGAAUAACAACAAAGAAGCUGCAUUCGUUGAACCUGUUUUCUAGUGACAUAAAAUUUGGAUACAUCCAUAACAAUUAGCUAAUGAUGUGCAAUUUAACCUGGCAUAGAAAAUGUGCUCUCUCGUCAGGACACGGUUGUUCAGAGGAGCUAGCCAACAACACAGCUACCACAAUCACUUCAAACUGAAGCUGGAAAGACUUCAAACUAACUGCACUUUGUUUAGUUUGAACUGUUUUCUAUUGACAUUUCUUUGUAUAUAUACAAAAAAAGAUGCUGAUUCAUGAUUUCGACUGGCUGAGAAAUGCUCAGUGCCUGUCUGUCUUGUCCCGAAACGUUCAUUACUAUAGGACAGCUGGAGAUCGAAUUUGAAUAUUGAAACAAUGUUGCAAAUGUCGGAGAGACAGACAGCAAGCUUUAUACAUAUCUCCGCUGUUGAAAACUAAAUGUUAGUCUAAAAGAAAUGGGAGAUAAUGUCUAGAUGCUUUUGAUAGUGGACAUCAAGUUUACAAAUGGCCUGGCUGGGCUGAUGAGACAGUGGAUUGCGCAGUCAGAUGGAACAGAGUAAAUAGGCAUUUCAAAGUCAUAGCUUUAGCCGGUGGUAACCAAUCAGCAUUCAGGAUUAGACCCACCCGUUGUAUAACAAGCUAUCAAUCAAUGUGUCUACUGUGCCUGUCUUCAUGUUGCUUUGUGUGUGUGUGUGCGUGUGUUUCUCUCUGUGUGUGCGUGCGUAGGUGACUAUGCGUUCAUGGGCUCAGUGAUCAUUGAGGAGGUGGUGAAUGAGCUGCUUACUAAAGGACUGGACAGUGCUAAGGUCCUGCUGCUGGCUGGGAGCAGGUCAGGACACUGUGUGUGUGUCUGAUACUUUACUUACUUGGACAUCCGUCUGUUUAUCCCUCUGGACCGCUCCAAUUGUCCUAAUUUCCCUCUCUCUGGAUUACUGAAUGGGUCUCUCUCUCUCUCUCUCUCUCUCUCUCCCUCUCCUUUCCCUCCUCCCUCGCUCCUUCCCUCCCCUCCUCCCUCGCUCCCUCCCUCCCCUCGCUCCCUCCCCUUGCUCCCUCCCUCGCUCCCUCCCCCCUCUCUCGCUCCCUCACUCCUUCCCUCUCCCUUCCCCCUCCCCCCCCCCCCCCCCUCCCUCCUCCUCCCCCUCCUUCUUUCUCCUCUCCUCCCUCUCUCCCUCUCUCCCUCCCUCCCUCUUUCUCCUCCAGUGCGGGGGGUACAGGUGUACUACUGAACGUGGACCGUGUGGCGGAGCACCUGGAGACCCGGGGACACAGGGAGAUUCAGGUCCGGGGUCUGGCUGACUCUGGCUGGUUCCUGGAUAACAAGCAGUACAGAUCUACAGACUGUCACAGCACCAUCAGCUGUGACCCUACUGAGGCUAUCAGGAGAGGAAUCAGGUGAGAGAGAGAAGAGGGGAGGGAGGGAGGAAGGAGGGAGGGAAGGAGGGAGGGAAAGCAAUAGAGAUCUAUACACUGCCACGAUACCAUCAGCUGUGCCCCCAUCAUGAGAGGAAUCAGGUGAGAGGGAGAGGGGGGAGAGAGGGAGAUGGAGAGAAGGAGAUGGAGAGAGGGAGAGUGACAACUGUGACUAUACUUCCUGUUUCCUGUCUAGGUACUGGGGUAGUGUGGUGCCAGAGAGCUGCAGACAGACUCACAUAGGAGAGGAGUGGAACUGCUUCUUUGGAUAUAAAGUCUACCCCACGCUCAAGAGUAAGAGUCUCUCUAUCACUCUCUCUCUCUCUCUCGCUCUCUCUCUCUCUCUCUCUCUCACUCUCUCUCGCUCUCCAGUGUUAUUUGAUGAGGCCCAGCUAAGAGUAGACCUCCCUCCCUCCCCCUCUCUCUCUCUCCUCUCCCUUCCUCCCCCCCUCUCUCCAGGUCCAGUGUUUGUGGUCCAGUGGUUAUUUGAUGAGGCCCAGUUAACAGUAGAUAACAUCCACCUGACUGGUCAGCCGGUCCACGAGGGACAGUGGAGAUACAUACAGAAUCUGGGCAACGAGCUGAGGAACACACUCAAAGACGUCCCGUAAGACACACACACACACACAGGAAUGUACACACACACAUUGGACAGUACACACAGAGACACACACACAAUAAUGUACAAACACACAUACACACACACACCAUAACUUCGUGUUUUAUUCCAUAAAGAAUGUUAAUGUUAUGUGGAAUGUUAACUCUCCUCUGAUCACAUUGAUUGAUCUGUCUGUUCUGACUGACAGGGCCCUGUUCGCUCCAGCCUGCCUAUCCCAUGAGGUCAUCACCAGGAAGUGAGUGAACAGUCACUAAUCAUAACUUCCUCUUAGAUUAGACAUAUAAUAACUGUGUCUUAGAUUAUCAUAACCUUUACUUGGAGCUAUGCAAAAAAUGAGUGACUUGACCUGUACCUCUCUCAUUUCUAACCUCCUUUCCACUCCCUCCCCCCAUUACCAUAGUUACUGGAUGGACGUCCAAGUCAAAGGAACCUCCCUCCCCAGAGCCCUACACUGCUGGGACCGUGGUCUCCAUGACAACAACCUCCACCAAAGAUCCUCCAACAACAACACCCAUAGCAACAAUCCUAACCCCACCCCCAACAAGGCUCUGCCCCCAGCUCCAAGGGGCUGUCCUCUGCGUCUGAUUGACAGUUGCCCCUGGCCUCACUGUAAUCCAACCUGUCCCACUAUAAGGGAUCAGAUCACCGGACAGGAAAUGAGCGUGAUCCAGUUCCUGAAACACAUGGGGUUUGAUGUUGCCAAGAUGGCCCAGCAACAGGGCAUGGACCCAGGGAAACUGCUGGGGAUGCUGAAUAACGGGAACUGAGCAGUGAGGGAAGCACACAUGUAGCUGAAAGGAAACAUGGAGGGACAGAUGGAUGGACACACUCACGGACAGAAGCACACACACCUGUACUACACACACAAAUAAGUUCAAAGAAACACACACUCACUCUGACACAGCAGGACAUGGACCUGCUCAACAAUGGCAACUGAAUGGACUGGAGUGAGGAGCGAUCUAGAAUGCUUUGGUGGAUUUGAACGGAACUCAAUGCAACAACAGAAUAGAAACAGAACUGAACUCUAAGCAACAGGACUGAACAAUACUGAGCGAACCCCAAAAGCAACAGAACUGAACAGAAAAAGUGACUGUGCUAAACUGAAAUGGACUCAACUCAAAACUGUGAGUGCAACUGAACUGAACUCAAUGGAUCUGAAUUCAUAACCUUGACUUGGUGCAACUCAAAUCAUUUUACUUGGUGCAACUCAAACCACCUCAACUCUGAACGCAGCUGGACUAGUGUCUGCAACGGGACAGAACAAAACUCGACUUAACUCAACUGAAUAGAACUCAUUUAUUGUUAUUAGAACACAACGGAACUGCAAAGUUUGAGUUCAAACAACUGAACAAUGCUUUACUCAACGACGCUGAACUCAACUCAGCCAAACCUGCACAGAACUAAACUAUACUGAAAAAAAAUGUGGGUGUGGAAAGACAUACAUAAAUGAAAAGUCAUCCGUUUUAAGGAUACUACUCAACUAGUUUUUUUCUCUCUCUAGGGGCCUAUCCCAAAUGGCAUCAGAUUCCCCCAGUGCACUAUAAUUGUGAAUAGGGUGCAAUUUGGGAUGC